CUUCAUAUUUUUCAAUUCUGUCAAAUGCAAACAAAUGUCAAAAUAAUAUAUUUCAGUCACAGAAUAGGAUAUAUGUUUUGAAAACAUUUGUGUCACCAACACUAUGGGAUGUCUGACAUGGAUUAGAGGUCUCAAAAUACAAUUGCCCUUUAAGGAUAAGGAGUUAAACAAGAUUGCGGCAUUCUUCAAUGUGAUUACAUUCUUGUUGACGUGCGCAGCUCUAGUACAACCCAGUUGGUUUAGGAUUAAAGGUCUGCAUUGUACACAGAGCCUCUCACCCGCACAAUUCUUUACAUUUGAUGAUGAUGAUGAUGAUAAUGAUCAGCUGACACUACAUCAGAAUAAAGAAUAUGAUCCAAUCAAUAGAUCUGAUUUCAAUGGUCUACCACCGUGUACGACUCCGGAGAUAAUAACACUAAUGAGGGUGUUAAUAUUACUGUGUUUUAUGGUGUUGUUGUGCUCAUGUAUCGGUGUACUCAUCAAUCUAACAAGUCUCAAUAGCAAAGCUAUAAAAAUUCUGCGACGGAACGCCAUACCGAGCAUAAUGUGUGUGUUUUGGGUAAUCGCCAUUGUUGGCGUGUGCUACUACACAACAGUUGUGCUCGGUAACGUCAACAAUAGCGACCCAAACACAAUACAAGUCGACUACGAGUAUGGAUUCUACACAAUAACAGGAGCAGGAGCUCUCGCUUUGUUAGCGUCUGCCGCUAAUUUGUGGGGAGCACCAUUGUCUAAUGAUGAAGAUCUGCAAAGGCGGAACUUGAUGGAAGACUGGGAUGGGUACGAGGCCCACAGCGUGGGACCUACACCGGCGGUGCCCACGCUGCCCCCCUACACGCCUACUGCCGACUAUAUAUCCACAUUGCCCUCAAACUUUGCCCCACCAGUACUCGGCACACAGCAAUACUUCCCUUUUGAUGAUCUUUCCAUUUUACCCCCACCGCCGCCUUACACGCCUUAGGCUUUUUAAUUACAGUAAGAACCGUUUAAUACAACAUUAGUGGAAACGGUAUACCGGUUAUAACGUCCUAGGCUAUUCCGGAAUGUCGUCAAUCCCUUUGAUGUCGUUUUAUUCGGGUUUAACUGUAUGUUAGUCGUUUACUAAUUAAAUUUUAAGGCUUGUGACAAAAUCUCUAUGUGACACCAAUUGGUACACGAUAAUUCGAAUAUUUUUUUAAUUUAGUGUCAUGUUUAACUAAAUGCUCCUAAAUAACUAAGGUUAAAAAAUAUUUAACAAUCACAAACACUUUUAUAAUUUAUAAAAGUCAACGAGAUUUCCAAAUCGGUAAUCUGAUAAAACUGCACAAAAAAUUAACUCAGCAAACAUUAAAUUCGCUAAAAUAGCGAAAAGGCCGGUACCCUUAGACAUCCGCAUUUGAAGACGAACAAUAAGAGAUUCUUCUUCCUUUGCGUGUCCUCUGUCAAAUUCAUCUCCCGUUCUUUACAAGGAAACUGUGGGUAGAAGUAGUGGAACAAGGCCAAAAUUAGGCAUUACCAGACAAUCCAUAAAAUAAUUAUAACAAAGGGAUCAAACUAAUUAUUCACCUUGAUUUUAAGCCAAGUAACACCAUAAAUUUUCUACCAUCCAAA